UAUCCGACUGCCGCUCAGUCAUUUCCAGGAGCAUCAUUGGUGUAUAGGAAGGAUGGCUCUCAACGCCAGCCCAGAUCUCGAUGCGAUAGUACAGUCAUUGUCGUUGGAAGAAAAAGCUUCUCUUCUCGCAGGCAGAGACUUCUGGGAGACGGUCCCAAUUCCUUCCAAAGGCGUUCCAGCGAUCAAGACCUCGGACGGACCCAAUGGCGCUCGCGGUGCUGAAUUCGUUGGAGGCACAAGAGCCGCUUGCUUUCCUGCUGCGGUUUGUUCGGCUGCGACUUGGAAUCCCCAUUUAUCUAGGCGCAUAGGGAAUGCUUUGGCCGAAGAAACCCAGUCCAAGGGCGCCCGGGUACUCUUGGGACCCACCAUGUGCAACCAUCGACAUCCACUUGGGGGCCGCAACUUUGAGAGCUUCUCUGAGGACCCCUUACUUGCUGGCAAGCUCGCCGCGCAGGUUGUCAACGGUCUUCAGGAAAAGGGCAUUGCAGCCACAAUCAAACACUUCGCCGCGAAUGAACAAGAAACUGAACGGUUGUCUGUCGAUGAGAUAAUUUCCGAGCGUGCCUUGAGAGAGAUCUACAUGAAGCCGUUUGAGAUUGCUAUCAAGGAAGCCAAUCCUUGGGCUGUUAUGACAGCUUAUAACAAAAUCAAUGGAUGCCAUGCCGAUGCUCACGAUUUCCUCCUGAAGAAGGUGCUUCGUGGCGAAUGGGGCUGGAAAGGGCUUGUCAUGAGUGAUUGGGGAGGAACCAACUCAACUGCAGCUGCCUUGAACGCAGGGCUUGAUCUCGAGAUGCCAGGUCCCACUCAACACCGACAGUUCAAGGCCAUCAAGGAUGCGAUCGACAAUGGGGAGCUCUUAGAAGUCACCGUUGACGCUCGCGUUCGAAAUAUAUUAGAAUUGAUCGAGAAAGUGGGCGCAUUUGAGCAUCCUGAAAUUCCUCCGGAGAAGUCUAUAGACAAUCCUGAGCAUCGUCUGCUCAUCAGGGAAGUGGCCGGACAGGGCUUGGUGUUACUCAAAAACACUAGUAAUACCCUACCGUUGAAGCGAGAGAAUCUGAAGGGCAAGAAGGUUGCGCUCCUUGGUCUUGCAAAGGAGGCGCUGAUACACGGAGGUGGAAGCGCAUCUUUGAACGCGCAUUACCGCAUAUCACCGUGGGAUGGGAUGCGUAGCACUUACGGCGAGGACGUUGAGUUUGCAUUUGCCAAAGGUGCUCAUACGUACCGGCAGCUCCCCCCAUUGUCGUCUCACUGCACAGACUCUUCCGGUAAACCUGGCUGGUCUCUCGAGUUGUUCGAGCGCGGCAAGCCCGAAAAGCCUGUCCACACAGAGUACGGUUAUAAAGAAGCUGCCUUCAACCCAAUCGGCGGAUUUGAUUCCAAAUGGAAGAACGUCCGGUUAUCUACCACUUUUGUACCCACUGAAACCGGUCAGCAUUACCUGGCGAGUUCUGGGAUGGGACCAACAAGCAUCACCAUCAACGACACACUAGUCUUUGAGCAAAAGGGGGAUAUCGAUGAUCCGAUGGCAUUUCUACUUGGAGGCGUUGCCGAAAAAGAGUUCCAGUAUCCUUUCACUCAAGGCGUGUCCUACCAGAUCACUAUUCGAUCCAGCCCCCCUGGUGGUGGCGAUGAUCACGGAGGGAUUCUUGCCGGCCUUCAAGGCUUCCGAAUGGGCUUCAUGUAUAGAGACGAGCACAACAAGGAUUUGGUUUCCCAAGCUGUCGACAUUGCAAAGGAGUGCGAUUACGCGAUUGUGUUCACCGGCCACCUUCCAGUUUGGGAGACAGAAGGGCAAGAUCAACUCAGCUUUCACCUUCCAAAGGAGGGGUCACAGGACGACCUUGUCGAAGCCGUGGCAUCUGUCAACUCGAGGACUGUCGUAGUCAAUUCUACAGGUGUAGCCGUGGCGAUGCCGUGGCUCUCAAAAGUGGCUGGUGUGAUUCAAGCUUGGUUCCCAGGGCAGGAAGCUGGCAACGCUAUCGCAGACGUCAUCUCAGGAGCAGUCAAUCCCUCUGGUAGACUACCAAUUUCGUGGCCUAAGAACAUCGAAGAUGCCCCCGCAUACGGGAACUUCCCAGGAACCAAGAAAAAUGGACAACUCACGGUUCAUUAUGAGGAAGGCGUCUUUGUAGGUUACCGUCACUACGAUCGCAUCCCACAAGAGAAGUUACAGUUUCCUUUCGGUUUUGGUCUUUCGUACACCACAUUCUCCUUCAGUAAUGCUAGCGUCUCGCCUGGGUCACAUGGUAAAUUCAAAAGUACGGUUACAGUAUCCAACACCGGGGAGCAGCCCGGGGCUACAGUUGUUCAAUUGUAUAUUGGCAGAAUUGGAGCAUCUGAAAAGCAUCCGAUCAAGACGUUGGCUGCUUUCCAAAAGGUAUUUGUAGGGAUUGGCCAGGACCAGACCGUUAAACUAGAAGUGGGACACCGGGAUUUCGCAUACUUCGAUGAGGCGAGUGGAUAUUGGAAGGUUGAUGAGGGGCGGUACUGGUUCUCCUUUGGACAAUCUACUUCUGACAUACAAGCCAGAGUGGAGGUCACAAUUGGGAGUGGUAAACAUAUGACUUGGUAG